GCAAAAACUUCAACCAUGGACCGCAUUCAUGACCUUGAUAGUCUCUUUCGGGCUUCAUUAUCUUCCGAUAUCAACUCCCGACAUGCUGCUGAACAACAACUACAAGCAUUAGAAGUUACCGAAGGAUUCGUAUCAUCGAUAUUCUCAUUGGUGGUUUCCUCAUCGAAGGACUUACCAGUCCGUCAAGCUGCAGCUGUUUAUCUCAAGAAUCGUUUUAGGGCAUCAUACGAUCGGAUUGGCCAACUCAAACCAACAUCUGUCUAGUGUUUCUUAGACAGCACCUACUUGAUGGACUAUCUUCAGUGCACCCAUCCAUUCGAAUUU